AUGAGCGAGUCGCUCAGUCGGGAUGUCGCGAGUCGACCGCGGAUCGAGGACCUGGAGCGCCCGGCGCUCGAUGAUCGCUCGUACAGGAUCAUCACGCUGCAGAACCAGCUGGAGGUGCUGCUUAUACAUGACGCGAAGACCGACAAAGCGAGCGCGGCGCUGGAUGUGAAUGUGGGCAGCUUCAGCGAUGAACAGGAUAUGCCGGGGAUUGCACACGCGGUAGAGCAUCUGCUGUUUAUGGGAACCGAGAAGUAUCCAGAAGAAAACAACUACAACAAGUACCUGACUUCGCAUUCCGGGCACUCGAACGCAUAUACGGCGUCCACGUCGACAAACUACUACUUCGAGCUCGCCGCAUCUUCGUCGACGCCGGCGAGUAGCAAGGCUCCGACUCCCAAUGCUACACAGGAGCAUCUGCCGAUAUCGAAGGAGCAGUCGCCUCUUUGGGGAGCGCUUGAUCGCUUUGGCCAGUUCUUCAUAUGUCCUCUUUUCCUCGAGGAUACGGUGGACCGGGAGAUCAAGGCUGUGGAUUCGGAAAACAAGAAGAACCUUCAGAUGGACACCUGGAGGCUGCAUCAGCUCAACAAAUCCUUGUCGAACCCGGAGCAUCCCUACAACCACUUUUCCACCGGCAGCUGGACAACGCUGCACGAUGAUCCUCUCGCACGCGGCGUUGAAAUCAGAAAGGCGUUCAUGAAAUUCCACGCCGAGCAUUACUCCGCCAACAGGAUGAAGCUCGUCGUUUUGGGCCGCGAGGACUUGGAUACCCUGGAGGAGUGGGUCGAAGAGAUCUUCUCCAAAGUCCCCAACAAAGACUUGCCCCGGAAGCGAUGGGAUCAUGUUUCGGUUUACACACCCAAGGAACUGCUGAUCCAGACUUUCGCUCGACCGGUCUAUGACUCGCGGUCCUUGGAGCUCUCAUUCUUAUACCGCGAUGAGGAAGAAUUCUACGAGUCGCACCCGGCACGCUAUAUUAGCCACCUUAUCGGACACGAAGGCCCAGGUAGUAUUCUUGCUUAUAUCAAAGCAAAAGGAUGGGCAAACGGACUAGGAGCGGGCGGAUCAUCACUAUGCCCCGGUACCGGUCUAUUCAAUAUCAACGUGAAGCUCACCGAAGACGGACUUCAGCACUACAAGGAGAUCCUCAAAAUUAUCUUCCAGUAUAUCGCUAUGGUAUGCGAGAAGGAGCCUCAGGAAUGGGUGGUGGAAGAGCAGAUCAAGAUGAGCGAGGUUGAAUUCCGCUUUAAGCAAAACAGCGCGCCGAGCAGGACGACGAGCGCUCUGGCAUCCGUCAUGCAGAGGCCGUACGAUCGGAAGCAGAUUUUGAGCGGGCCUGCGGUUAUCAAGAAGUUUGACCCGAAGCUCAUUUCUGAGGCUAUGACUUAUCUGCGGCCCGACAACUUCCGGUUCACUGUUAUCAGUCAGGAUUUCCCGGGCGGAUGGGAUCGGAAAGAGAAGUGGUAUGGGACGGAGUACAAGACGGAGAAGAUCCCUGAGGAUUUCCUCGCUGAACUCAAAGCGGCUUUUGAGAGCAAGGUGCGGCCGGCGGAACUACACUUCCCGCACAAGAACGAGUUUAUUCCGAACCGACUUGAGGUUGAGAAGAAAUUGGUUCAGGAGCCGCUGAAGACACCGAAGCUGAUUAGGAACGACGAGGCUGUCCGGAUCUGGUGGAAAAAGGAUGACCAGUUUUGGGUACCCAAGGCUAAUGUGAAUAUCCACUUCCGGACGCCGAUGGCCCACAUCACGCCAAGGGCGGCGGUGCUAACUACCAUAUACCGCGAUCUUGUCAACGACGCUUUGGUGGAAUACUCCUAUGAUGCCGAUAUCUCUGGCCUUGUCUACGACUUCAACAACCAUAGCACUGGUCUGUCGAUCACUGUGUCGGGCUAUAACGACAAGCUUCACGUUCUGCUAGAGAAGGUGCUCGUCUCGAUACGAGACCUCGAGGUACGUGAAGACCGCUUCAAGAUCGUUCUCGACCGGAUGAGCCGCGGCUUCCGCAACUGGAAUUAUGGACAGCCUUUCCAUCAGGUCGGCACGUAUUCGCGCUGGUUCAGGACCGAGCAUGCCUUCAUGAAUGACGAGCUGGCCAAGGAGCUCGAGGGCGUGACGCCGCAGGAUGUGCAGCAGUUCUUCCCACAGGUCCUGGCUCAGUGCCACAUUGAGGUCCUGGCGCACGGCAACCUCUACAAGGAGGAGGCGUUGAAGAUUACCGACCUUGUGGAGAAGACCAUUAGGCCGAAGAAGCUUCCUCCCAGCCAAUGGCCUAUCCGCCGCAGCCUCAUCCUCCCCACCGGCAGCAACUUCAUCUACGAGCGCCAACUCGUCGACCCCGCAAACGUAAACCACUGUAUCGAAUACAGUCUCUACCUCGGGAACCGCAUGGACCGUACCCUGCGCGCGAAGCAACUCCUCCUCGCCCAGAUGACCGACGAGCCCGUCUUCAACCAGCUGCGCACCAUCGAGCAGCUCGGCUACGUUGUCUUCUCGGGCCCGGUAGCAGGGAAUACAUGGGCAGGUUACCGCAUCUUGAUACAGUCUGAGAAGGACUGCAGGUACCUUGAGGGGAGGAUCGAGCAUUUCCUUACCAGCUUUGAGAAGAUGCUGGAUGACAUGAGCGAGGAGGACUUUGAGAAGCACAAGGGUGCUGUGAUGAGUAAGCGGUUGGAGAAGCUGAAGAACCUCAACCAGGAAGGGAACAGGUUCUGGAAUCAUAUGUUUAGCGACGCAUAUGACUUUUUGCAAUCCGAAAUCGACGCCCAACACGUCGAGCCCCUCACAAAAUCUGGCAUGAAAGCCUUCUACACGCACUUCAUCUCCCCCGCCUCUCCCCAUCGCUCCAAGCUCUCCGUGCACCUCAUCGCCCAAUCCCACGCCAAGCAACCCACCCUCCCCGAAGCCAAGACCCAGGCCCUCACCGUCCUCCGCACGAUCUUCACAGAAGAGAAAAUCCCCGACUCCACCCCGGAACUCUCCAAUCUCCUGCAAUCCCGCAUCGACGCCUGCACCUCCGCCACCGACAUCCCCGAAGCUAUCUCCGCGCAUCUGACCACGGAUCUGAAGCUAGACAGCAAGGAGCAGGUGGAUAAGAUUAUGGAUGAGGCGAAGGCGGCGCUGGGACUAGCGGAUAGCGGAUUGGCGGGCGAGGUCAAGACGCUGGUGGAUGUGGAUAAGGCGCUGGAGGAGAAGGCGCUGGUGGGGAUUGAGGGCGGGCAUGCGAGGGAGCCAGUGCUGAUCACGGAUGUGCAUGCUUGGAAGGCGGGGCUGCAGAUGAGUACGGGGGUCAGGCCGGUGAGGAAUCUGGAGGAGUUCAUGGAGGAUGCUGCGAAGUUGUGA